GAGAGCGAGAGCGUUGGAGGGGAGCCGAGGACUGCCCAUGGUGGAUGGGCGGAGCAGCAAGCAUGCGCUGAGCUGGCAGCGUCGGGGCUAGUCCGCUGCGCGCGACGAGAGGGAGACACGGGCAGGCUCGGGUCCGGGUGCUGUCUGUGUUCAGACGGCCGCAGGGAGACCACCGCACCACUCACCGUCUCCUUUCGGGCGACGGCGAGCAGGGAAAAGAGCGAGAGGCAGAGAGCGAAAACGAGAGGCCAGAUAAACACCGCUGGAAAACAACUGGCCUGACUUGCAUCUGGAAACGAAGCUAAGAAGGGGACCCCACUUCCGACAUCGCUCUCUAUCGCUCAGCGCACCCUUUCUCACUCCCUCGAGGACGACCACCCAACUGAACCCCCCCUCACUUGACUAGCGUUGCCAAUAAGCGAUGCACCUUGAAACCGAGAAUAAAUCGUGAUUUUGGUACAUUUGGCACCCACACGUCAAAAUAUUCUCGUAAUUUCUGCCUGUAUCAAAACUACAGAUAGUAUUUGAGCGUUUACAUUUAAAACGGGUUUCUGAAUGCGAAAAAUAAUAUUUUUUCCUGCUGGAAACAAACAUCUUUUUUAUUCGUUAUCUGUUUGAGGAGGAAUCGUCGCUGAGAUUCGCCCGAGUCUCCCUUUUGCAUGCACUCUUGGUUUCUUUUUAAGUUCUGUUGCAGAAUUUUAUUUCGACAAUGGUCAAACAAUCGACUGCUUUACUCGACACCUAAUUUAAAACAACCUGUCCGUGUUUGCGACAUUUUCCCCCUGUAACCUCGAAGGUUACGGACUUUUCAAGACACAGAAAAGGACCUCGUUUGCUGGGUGGUUUACCACAGAAGGAAUUCGCACACAGACUGAACGGAAAGUUUACCCCCAAGAAGGAAAAAAAGUAGAGGACACCUCGGCCACAUUCGCGGGAUUUUUCCUGAGGUGGGCGGCGCCCUCCCCUGGGCCUUGUGCUGCAGCCAUGCUGUCCCUGGACGAGCCGCUGGACCUGAAGCUCCCCCGCGGGCGUGGCGGUGGGCGGGACCGGGUGGCCCGCACCCCCCCUGCUCUCACCCCCUCCCCGCUGCUGGCCAAACGCGCCAGGCAGCUGCGCAUGGCGGACGACGGCACGGCUGUCAUCGUGCCCGCCUCCCCGGCCUCCCCCCACACAGGUGUACCUGUGCUCCCCCAGGAGAAACCAGAGCCCCGGACCCCCCCAGCUAUUGACCUCAGCAUGUCCCCCUCCUCCCGCCACGCCCCCUCCCCCCCGGAACAGUCCAACGGGCACGGGGUGACCCAGCUCCUCUCAGGGGACUCGGCUCACAUUCGCUACGUGGAGAGCGGGGCCUCUUCGCAGGCCUUCCAGUUCUUCCUGCCAAUCGGAGCGGGGGGCGGGCUCCACCUGCCGCCCUCCAUGUUCAUUGGCCCGCCCAAGGAGAAGCGGGCGUCGCCCGAGCUGUCGGCGGACGAGCAGCUGGCCUGCCGCUGGAGGAAGUGCCACCUGCUCUUCGACUCCCUCCAGGACCUGGUGGACCACGUCAACGACUUCCACGUAAAGCCUGAAAAGGAUUCUGGGUACUGCUGCCACUGGGAGGGGUGUGCACGAAAAGGGCGGGGCUUCAAUGCCAGGUAUAAGAUGCUGAUCCACAUCCGCACUCACACCAAUGAGACCGCACGCUGCCCACUGCAACAAGAGUUUCCGCUGGAGAACCUCAAAACACACACACGCUCACACACAGGAGAGAAGCCGUACAUCUGUCCGUACGAGGGCUGCAGCAAGCGCUACUCCAACUCCAGCGACCGCUUCAAGCACACGCGCACACACUACGUGGACAAGCCGUACUGCUGCAAGAUGGCGGGCUGCCUGAAGCGCUACACGGACCCCAGCUCCCUGCGCAAGCACAUCAAGGCCCACGGGCACUUCGUGGCGCAGGACCCGCCCCCUGCGGGCGGGCCGGGGGCGGGGCUGAAGGCGGCGCACAGCAAGGAGGCGGAGCUCCCCUACGUCAGCGGGGCCCACAUCAUCAUCCCGGGGGCGGCGGCGGCGGCGGCGGCGGCGGCCGUCCUGGGGGGCCGCGCCCUGCCCCUGUCGCCCCUCAGCCCGCGGCCCCUGGACCUGAGCGCGCUGGGCUGUCCCGGCUCCCCGCCGCCCCCCGUCCUGUCGUUCGGGGCGUCCCAGCUGGGGCUGCCGCCGGGGUUCCCCUCCGCCGCGCUGGGGAUGCCCAUGGUGUCGCUGCUGGGCCCGGAGCGCCGCGCCGCCGCCCGCAAGGGCGGGGCCAAGGGGGAGGGGCAGGGCGGCGAGGACGCGCUCCUGGGGGGCCUCCCCGGGGCCGUCCUGAACCUCUCAGCAGGGGUGGGCCACGACCCCCUCUCCCCCGGCUGGGUGGUCAUCCCCCCGGGGUCCCUGCUGCUGAAGCCAGCUGUGGUCAACUGACACGCACAUUCCAGAGCGGGGGGGGUCAGGGGGCGGGGCCAGGGGCGGGGUGGGGGGGGUCAGGGGUCAAAGGUGAGAGCUUGCCCGCUGUUUUUUUUUUUACAGAUCUUAAAUGGUUGGAGCAUUUCUGAAAAACCAAGGAAACACACACAUGUGCGCACACACACACACACCCAGGGUGCUGCCUUCUCUUGGGUUUACAGAAGGUUGUGGGUUCCAUUCUCACCCAGGUUUACACGACUAGGGGGAGGACUGACUCCUGUCACAUGCUCUUGUGUUGCCAUAGCAGCGGGCUGAGAUCAGCAGGCUAUUAGUGCUGCUUUCGCUUCCGCUCUCUCUCUCUCUCCCUCUCUCUCUCUAUCUAUCUCUCUCUCCACCCCUCCCUCCUCCCCUCCCCCUGUACCUGAUGUACGUGUGUACUGACCCGUUCUAAAGCUUGGUACCCUUACUCAAGCCCUGGUUCACAUGUAUAUAUUUCUAUUUAAGACCGGCCUGCACUUUGGCGGGCCGACCAAGCGGACGCAGCGGACACAGACUGGCUUCCACCAGCCCUUUACACGCAGAGCCAUCGGACAACCCGCGGGAAAAAAGAGAGAGAGAGGCGUUUGGAAGAACAGCAGCCUAGAACAAGAACAGGGGAGAGCGGGGAGAGGUCUCGCCCACGUCCGCGUUCUGCGGUACCGCGACUGAGACCAGAGAAGACUGCCGUGGAACAGGAACCCCCUGCUUUUUUUUUGUGGGGGAGGGGCAGGGUGGUGUGUUGGCAGGACAGAGGUCUUGAUGAGCGUCAAAUCAAACACUCUCUGCUUUCCUCCCCCAGUACCUCAAAAAGUAAACAGAAAAAAAACAAGAGCAGGCAGGGUCAGGAGGGGGGAGCAGGGCUCAAUAUCGACAAUCCACCCCUGUGAAGGGAGGGGGCAAAACAAAAAACUGUACUGUCAACGUGACCCCCUUCCCACAGUCCACAGGCGGACGGGGACACGGAGAGGAGUCACAUGACCAGGCCGUCCCAGGCCAUCGAGGACAAAGGGUUUGUGUAAGGGCUCGGAGCCAACUAGAUUUAAGGCAGACAAUGGCAUUUAACCAGCAACAUCCCCCUCCCCCCCCACCCCCACCCCCACUCCCCCUCUGGAAAUCUUAAUUGCAGGUGCGACUGGCGCCCCCUGGUGUAGAUAGCAAUCGGUGCAUCAUGCAGUCACCCAGGCCUCUCCGGGCCAGCUUCGCUUUAGCCGAAUGCAGCGUGGCGGCGAAGGGGCUGAUCUGCGAACGCUGCUCCUCUGCAUUUCCAGCGCGAGGGUACCAAAGCGAGGAGAGGAGUCGGCUGCAGUCACACGGGCUGAGCAGCAGCGAGGAGCGAGGAGAAGGUCCUCCCCCAUCUCGCUCUGUGGAGAGCCCGGCUCGUUCGGUGUGAAAAACGCGGUCGUGUGGAUCUGUCCUUGCGUUAACAGACAGCAGUACCAAGCGAUUUACGUUCAGUGCAGAGGCCAAGGUUGGGACUGCAUUGUGACCAACAGGGGGCGCAGCGCGUCCCACGCUUCAGAGUGCCGGACAGAUCUGACCUUUCGGAGAGCCACACACAGGUAGACAGAAUACUGGAAAAUUAUUAUUAUUCUGCAUUUAAUUUGGAGGAGUUCAGCUGGAUAACACUUAGCAACAUUUGACCAAUGUGCUGAAGAGACUUGAAUUCCACAGCUUUUAAAAAACACUACAUUGAACUUUUCUUUAAGAAGGAAUUAAGUAAUUUCACAGCAAAUAUGGUGCGCACUUUCGCUUGAAAAGUAUUGUAGAUUUUUGUUGUGGUUCUACAGGGUCAUAUUUGGACUCCACUCUCUUUUACUUGACUCUCCUGCUGUAACCCUCUCCCCCUUGCUAGCUCUCUGGCACGGCUGUACUGCUUUUGCUCAGGCACGUACUGGCCGCCUUCCUGUCCGGGCCCAGGGGUCCUUCCAUGCCUGUGGCGCAGGGAGAUUAUGUUGGCAGAAUGUUGACCGUGUCACACUGUGUAAGGUUGGAGAGAGGAGAACAGGGUGAAAGAUUUGGGGUGGGUUUUUUUUUUUUUUCUUUCUUCAGAUUUUCACACAAAGAGCAUUCUUGCAAGAGACAACUGCCCCCUCCCCCCCCAAAACACACACAGACACACGCACUCUCCUCUCUCUCUCUGCUUUGUACAUUCCCAUGGUGGUAUUUUCACUAUUUCAGAAAGGUGAUGAUUAUGAUUAUUGCUGUUUAUCAGUUGUUGGCUUUUUCCAGACGAGACAUUUCCCAAUGUUGAAGUUGCUUUGUGUCUGCUAUCGCUGCUCUGUGACCAGCUUCCUUCCAGGGGCGGGGCAGGGUGGAGCAGGGCGGGAUUAGGGGGGAGGCGGUGUCAGGGGUUCUGUGCCGUGCCGGGGGUGCGGGGGAGUUUGCUCAGAGAAAUUUAACGUCUGUGACUGUCACACGGGCACACGGCAGGUGGCCUCAGUUCAAGGUCAGACCUCAUAGCGCUGGUGUCUCCGCUGGUAAAGGUGAAAUCUCACACGACGACAGAAACCCACACUUUUCUGUGUGACCGCCUCCUUCUGACUGGGUCCAAAUCGGACCCCUAAAUCUCACUCUGUAGACUACAGUGGAGACACCAGGACGCUCAGAGAGCUGUGGCACUGCCUCACUCACAACCUCCCAGACUGCUCAGAGCACACACACACACACACACACACACACACACACGCGCACACACACACACACACACACACACACACACGCGCACACACACACACACACACACUGACCUUUCACUGCCUACUUUAAUUGCUUAGCAGACACUAUUAUUGACCGCACUUCCCAUAUCGUUAACAUACGCAGCAACAUGCUUCACUGAGGCAAUGAAGGUUCUGGAAUGUUUUCGUACAGCACCUUGUCAGGGACUCAAACCUGGACCCUUCAGGACACUGGGGUCCAGCUCCCAAAGCACUACACAAACGCCCUCCGACCGCGCGCCCCCACCCCCCUCCCGAAGGCGCACACCGCUCUGUCCCAACCAGGCCGCUGAACUCUCCACUUUAAAGAUUAAAACUAAAGGAGGUGAUCCCUGUAUCCACCCAGCUUUCUAACAAGAAAAAGAGACACUAAACAAACAAAUCUAAUCUACUUUGUUUAAAUAUGUUGUGGUCCAGAGGGUCUGCAGAGAGACAGAGAAGAGGAAAGGAAUGCAAAAUGAGGGCCUGCUGCCUGUGUGUGUGUGUGUGUGUGUGUGUGCGCGCGUGUGGAGUUCAAGCCUCGAGAGGAUUUUUUGCAGAAGCCAAGAUUAAAGUCAGAAACUGCCACCUUCCUUUUAUACUGCAGUCACAUCUGCUAUUGCCAUUCUGACACUGUGUGUGCGCACACACGCACGCACACGCACACAGCUCUGAGUAGAGUGGGAGGUUCUCGCUGUGAGUGGACAGACCUUGUGUGAAGUCAGACGAUGUCAUCGCGGGGAGCAGGGAGGGUCUCCCCUGGCAACAGCGGAAUGUUCAGCCACGGCUCUCCACCCCUUACCCACCACCCCUCCUUCUCCUCCUCCUCCUCCUUGAAGCCAGAGAUGGCAGGGUGUGUGCCUCCCUCUAGUGGAGGAAGCUGGUAUUGACACGGGUCCUAUCGGGAUCCACAUCUUUCAAUGUUAAAUAAGCUGUUUUUGACACGUUAACCCUUUGGGCACGUGCAGAAUCUGUCAGCACUUUCUCCGCCCCUCCACUGGCAAAAUGUUAUUUAUCUCUCAAUUAUAUAUCACAAGAGGGAAAAUCCUUAAGUACAGUACAUAAAGUACACAUUCCACAUACUAGGCUUUUAAGGGGCCUUUUGGGGACCAAAAAUUCUUUUGAUCUUAUUCCAUAACAGUAUGCACAGAAAUCAAGGUCCAAAAUGAGAUGGAGCCCUAACUGUAAACGUGUCCCUCAUACUGCUCCAGCCCCCCUCCCCCCCCAUCAUUAAAAAAAAAAAAAAAAAAAAGCGGUACGCUUCCCCCAUGUUUGCAAGGGUUUCUUGUAUUCCAAGGGGGAGACCAGAGAGACGAGUGAACUCUGGCUUGCAUUGAGCAAACUGAAAUUCCAGGUGGGUAAUUGACGGGGCACUAGAACGAUGAGUUAAAUUAGCCAGCAGCGUCGCUACGGAGGGACACUGCACUUCUGAAGUGCCACAGCACUGCACAAAGGGUUAAUACUAUAGACUAAGGCCAGCAAAGGCCAGUAUCCAAGUUUUUUUUUUGUUUUUUUUUUUGUUGCACAUCUUUUGAGAUAUAUUAAUAUCAGUAUUUGUAACGGUUCCAAGUGCCUUCUAUUAUAGGUGAAAUGUAGAAAAUAUACAGUAUAAGAAAUAUGAAUAUAUAAAUAUAUAUAUAAAUAUAAAUAUAUAUUUUCCCGGCACCACGUUCUGAGGCCGAACGUGCAGAAUUUUAGAGUUGUAAAAGUCUCCAAUUGGUACAACAUAGCUGUGUGCUCCUGUUUUAGAGGAAGUUUAUUAUGACGAUAAUGACCAUGUCAAUGAGAGGAAACAAACAAAAAAAAAAGUUUAAUAAAGUCUCAUUUGAUAAGUA